CCCAAACCCGAGAGCGCCUGGAGGCCGCCCCGGCGAGAGGGCUCCGCCGCGGCGCUGGAGGAAGAGGACGAAGACGAGGACGUGGUGGUAGAGGUGGAAGAGGAAGAGGAGGAGGAGGAGGCCGGCCUGGAAAGCCCCCCCUCGGCGCUGACCGGCCACGGCAAGGGCCCCCUCCGGGGGAACCUGAAGGCAGUCAGCAUCAAGCGUGAAAUGACCUUCCCUGCAUUUCAACAGGAGGAUGUAAAAAGUGACAUCAGUCAAAAACUGCCAGACCAACAGUUUCUCCUGUUCACCACAAAGGAGGAAGAUUUAAAAACAGCAGAGACCAAAAAGCCAAACAGAGCUCAUGAGUAUGAAAAGGAAAACACUCGUUCUGUUUGUCUUCUGGAACAGAAGCGCAAGGUUGUUUCUUCAAAUAUUGAUGUGCCUCCAGCAAGAAAAUCUUCAGAAGAACUGGACAUGGAUAAAGUAACAGCAGCCAUGGUACUCACCAGUUUGUCCACCAGCCCUUUGGUCCGCAGCCCUCCUGUCCGACCCAAUGAAUCCCUAAAUGGAUCUUGGAAAGAAGGAGGAUUUGUGCCUUCUAGUACCAGCAGCAGUGGAUACUGGAGCUGGAACGCUCCCAGUGACCAGUCCAACCCAUCCACCCCAUCUCCACCUCUGUCAGCUGAUAGCUUCAAAGCUUUUCGGACACCUUCCCAGACAGAUGAUGGUAUUGAUGAAGCUGAAACAAGCAACCUUCUCUUUGAUGAACCCAUUCCUAGGAAGAGAAAGAACUCCAUGAAGGUGAUGUUCAAAUGUCUGUGGAAAAACUGUGGGAAGGUACUGAGCACAGCUGCAGGGAUCCAGAAACACAUACGGACCAUUCACCUUGGACGUGUAGGAGAGUCUGACUACAGCGAUGGAGAGGAGGAUUUUUAUUACACAGAAAUCAGGCUCAACACGGACUCAGUAGCUGAUGGCUUAAGCAGUCUUUCCCCAGUCUCUCCAUCUCUAGUAUCUCCUCCUUCUUUUCCCACCCAAGAUGCAAUCCGUCCUGAAACUUCCUGUGCCAAAACUGAGGCUAAGUUGAUGACACCUCUGAGCCGCUCAGCUCCUACCAACCUCUACCUCGUACACACGGACCAUGCUUACCAGGCUACUCCUCCAGUGAACAUUCCAGGGUCAGCAAAAUUUACUCCCAAUGGCAGUAGCUUUAGCAUCUCUUGGCAGUCACCUCCAGUUACCUUCACCGGCAUUCCAGUCUCACCAACUCAUAAUCGUCCUGCAGGGAGUGGAGAGCAGAAACAGUCCCACACAGUUCUUUCAUCACCGCCUAGAGUAGCAUUUGGCUUGAGGAAGCCUAGAGGAGAGGGGAAAAAGUGUCGGAAGGUCUAUGGGAUGGAGAACAGAGAUAUGUGGUGUACUGCCUGCCGAUGGAAGAAGGCCUGCCAAAGGUUCAUCGACUAAAGAUUGAAAUUAUGCAGAGAAUUUGGGGAUGGGGGAGGACAACAGCAGACCCAGAUUGCUGCAGCUGCACUGUAUCACUCCCCAUUUUCCCUUCAGUGAUGUGGUGUUGGGGGUUUUCGGUUUUUUUGGGUGUUCUUUUUUUAAAAGAGCUUUGUAUUUCAAAGUGAAGCACUUGUAGCCAAGGAGAAGCACUAAUCAAAACCUGUGUGGAGCAAUAGAGAAAAAAAAAAGGCAAAA